AUGACCCGCGCCAUCCUCAGCAAUCAGGACGUUCUGCCCUCCACUCCGCUAGCCCACCUCCUCUUAGACGACUUCUGGGGGACGCCUUUGUCACACAGCGGAUCUCACGGCUCGUACCGCCCGCUCUGUACCCUGUCCUUCCGCCUCAACUACUUGCUCGGCGGCUUCCGGGCGUGGGGCUACCACCUCGUCAACAUCCUUCUGCAUUGCCUGGCAACCAGCCUGGUGGUCCGCCUCUCCAGGCUGCUGUUCCCAUCCCACGUGCCCGUCGCCAUCACCGGCCUGCUGUUCGCCACUCACCCGAUCCACACGGAGGCGGUCGCCGGGGUCGUCGGGAGGGCAGACAUCGCCGCUUGCAUCUUCUACCUCCUGUCCUUCCAGUGCUACGUUGCCCACGUGCGUCUCCGAGACAGAAGCAGCCGGGAGUGCAGGAGCUCGUGUGCCCAGACGUGUUAUCGGUGUUUCGCGAGCAGAAAUGACGGAGAACACGGUCACUGGUGGAAGGAGCAGUGGAAAUGCCGAUCGCCUGCGGUGAGCGGGCGGUGCCUGUGCGAGACGUUUAGGCUUUGCUCGAAAUACGUGCUCCUGGACGGAGGGGCGUCUCGAGGAAGACAGUGGCUGUACUUGUGCGGGUGUGUGUUGUUCGCGGCGUGCGCGAUCCUGAGCAAGGAGACUGGCGUGACAGUCCUGGUGCUGUGUGCAGGGUACGACGUGCUCACUCGCCUCGGGAAGAAGAGGGCCAGCCUCGUCAGCAUCUUCACUGAGGUAAGUCAGUGGCUCCCCUUCGUCUGCGACAGCGUCUCCUGCACGGCUGUGCUGCGGGUUGUAGCAAGCGCCUGA